GUGGUUAGUACUGCCGUAGAUCCGGCAGGCUGCUAGUUUAAGUUUAAUUCCAUGGAUAAUACAGGCUUACGCUGAAUAAUACCAGGUGGACAAGGACUAAUAGUCUGCUUAUUACAGGUAAAGAGGAUUUGUGUCCAGACCCUUAGCCAGACCCCUGCUUUGCCGUUCCAGACAGCAAAGGGAAAAACCCACAACACCAAGCCAGGAAUGUCCAAUCCCGCUCCAGACGCUCAGGCCCGUCCGGAUCACACUGAGAGUGAUGGGUCGCCCGAACCGUCACCCCAGGAUUUGAGGAAGCCGCCUGGGCAUCUGAAGUUGGCACGCAGCCUUUCAAAAUCAGACUCCGACCUGCUGGCUUCCCCUCAUUGUGAGGACGACGGGCCUCUAGGUGGCCGGUGCGAAUCCCUGUCCAACUGUGUUGCUGAGAGGAAGGAAAUGGAGCAGAUGCCCUCGUUUGCCUCCGAAUGGGACGAGAUUGAAAAGAUCAUGAGUCUGAUUGCCAAUAUUGAGAUGUCCAAGGAGCAUCAACCUGCAUCCGAAGAUGCAGCUGGGAGCCGCGUGCUGGAGCAGUCGGUGGGGGAGUGGCUGGAACACGUGGGCUUUCCUCAGUACGAGAGCAAACUGGUGCUCAACGGCUUCGAUGACCUGCGCUACAUGGGAAGUAACGUGAUGGAAGAUGAGGACCUUCAGGAAAUUGGCAUCACCGACCCAGGCCACAGAAAGAAAAUCCUUCAUGCAGCAAAAAGCCUUCCAAAGGUCAAAGCUCUGGGCUGUGACGGCAGCACCUCUCUGUCCUCAUGGCUGGAAACUCUGGGUCUUGGAGAGUAUCUGCACAACUUCCUGUCUAGUGGCUACCGCACCCUGGACUGCGUCAAGAACCUGUGGGAGCUCGAAAUUGUUAAUGUGUUGAAAAUUGGCCUUCUUGGUCACAGAAAAAGGAUUAUAGCCUCGAUAGCAGAGCGGCCGUAUGAGGAAGCACCUUCGAAAUCCAACCGCUUUUCCCAACUCAAGAUUCAGGACCUGUUGUCUCAGAAUGCGUCACCGCUCAGUUAUAUGGACCCGUACACCAGUCGCUCCAUGGAUAUGUUGCUUCCGCUGGGAGAAUCAGGCCGAAAGAGCAGAGCGUUGGAUCAGGAUGGCAGUAUCUCCCUUCGCUCCUUUGGUGAAAGAUCACGCUCACAUGACCGUCAUGCAGAUCGGCAUACACGUAUAAGUAUUCGUCCUUCCAGCCACUCUGCCACAUACACCACAGUUUCCACCUGGCACCAUCACCCUGAGAAACUCAUCACAGAAUCCUGCGUUUAUGAGGCCAGAUAUUUAGGGUCUGUGAUCAUCCGAGACCUAAGAGGCAUUGAAUCUACGCAGGAGGCAUGCGCUAGAAUAAGGAAAUCAAAGGAUCACCGGAAAGGUCCCGUCAUAAUACUGAAUAUCACCUACAGAGGAGUCAAGUUUGUUGACGCAGCAACCAAGGCGAUGGUUGCAGAGCACGAGAUCCAGAACAUCUCGUGUGCGGCCCAGGAUCCGGAUGACCUUUGCACAUUUGCAUACAUCACAAAAGACCUGAAGUCUGGUUAUCACUUUUGCCAUGUCUUCACUACAGUAGAAGUGACGCAAACGUAUGAGAUCAUCCUGACGCUGGGACAAGCGUUUGAGGUAGCGUAUCAGAUGGCUCUCCAGGCACAGAAGGCGGCCCGUCGUCACAGUUCGUAUGCUGGUCCAGCCUCCGAAAACAUUGAGACCAAGACCAACAGGCCCACCUCGCAGUCCCGCAACAGUACACGCCGCUCCGCUGGUGCACCUGUGCUUGAAUGCCGCUGCUGUUACUGUCACACGUGCUCCGCCCACCGUCCCUCCUACCUCCCGCUGCCCUCUAUCAGCCCUGGAGUUCAGAUCGACCCGCUGGAGCCGGAAACGGACCUGCAGUCCCUGGGCAGCACCAGUUGGCUCUUCGAACCACGGGAAUCCUCCAGGCCUUCGAGUAGCACCAAGCGUCUGCAGCUCUGAGGCCCUCGGAAGAAAAGACUAUGCCUGUUUAGAGCGUUUAGAGGUUGGGAUUUGAAAUGCAAUACAGUUUUACUGGGAAAAGAGUAGAACACAGCCCCAAGAAAAUGGAAUAACCAAGACAACAUUCCCAUUCUCUUUUUCUCGUUCGGAUUUAAUUGACUUUUUAUCUAAUAAGGGAAUCCAUUUUGGUUCGUAAAGUUCUAUAUUUGUAACUUUACAUUGUUAACAUCACAUAGUAAGUGUGUGUAUAACCUCUAUGUUCAUUUUGUGAUUGAUGAUUUGUUCUGUAAAAUUAGUUACCUCUGAGAUUUCCACUAAAAAGUCAUUUGCAGAAAAAAUGAGACAGAAUAUUUUCGUAGACAUAAUAAUAGUAAAUGUUGCUAUUUUCAAUUGCAAAAGAUUUCCCACGGUCACAAUUAUCUUUAGAGAGAAGAUAAUAAAGCCAAGAAAAGAAAAAGCACUAAGGCUGGAGAAAAAAAAAAAGAAGCUCCAAACAGCCUUACGCAUAUUAUGUACUGAACGUUUGGAAAACCACUGUAAGUUUGCACCACUUUGUUUAUUCACGCAACAAAUGUUAUUUCAGUGUUAUUUAGAUGCUAGAAAUCUGCCGUGUUACUUUUAGCCAAAUGGCACAUGUCAAUUUUACAUUCUUGGCGGUUUAUGUUUUGUCUUGUUUUAUGUGCCACGUUCACACUGCAGCUAAAUAACAAAUAAUAUUUUUUUUCACUCAUGGUUCCAUUAUUUAAAAGAGUGACAACUGCAUUUUGCACGGAAAUUUUAAUGGGAUAGUUUAUCCAAACAUUUUGUCAUCAUUACUCACCCUAUGCAUGUCAUUCUUCUGUUGAACAUAAAAGAUGACUUUUAAGAAUUUUAAGAACCAAACAGUUGCUGGUUACCAGUGACUUGAACAGUAUGAAAAAAAACAUACUGUUUGAUCACCAGCAUUCUUCAAAAUACAUGAUAUGUUAAACAGAAGAAGGAAACUUAUACAGGUUUGGAACAACUUGAGAGUGAGUUAAUGCUGAGAGUUUUCAUUUUUGGGUGAACUGUCCCUUUAACUAGCGCCAACCGCAUUUUAUUUAAACUGCGUAGCGUUUACGCGUACGCGUACGCAAACGAAUCGUUAUUCUAGCGGACACUGACAGCUUCUCUGAGGCGCUAGAAAAUCGAUGAAAUUGAGGUAAACGUCUUGAUUUGUUCGCAAAUUUCGAUAGUUUCUCCCACCCAACGUGAAAAUUAUCGGAUAAAAUACGCUUCUGGUCGUUAAUAUUUGUUUAGUGAGAAUAACCGCGUCAAUGUUUGCAAUUUAUAACCGUUGUCGCCAACGGUCGCUAUAUAACUGUCAGCCAUUUGCGUUCAAGAUCGUAUCGUACUCAUACAAAACGAUAAUUCAGAUGAUUAAUUUCUCAUUUAAAUGCGGUUGUGACUUCCAAAACGUUGAAGUGUGAACGUGGCUGUCUUUUAUUAUUGUGUGGAAAGGACUGUUCGCUUUAGUUUGAUUCUGGCUGUUACUGCACUGUUUGUCUCUCAUGUCCAGUUUUAUGGAGUUAUCUGUUAAAGUUGUGGUAAUUUCUUUGUGACUGUGUUGCACAUCCUCACCUUCCAGACAUUACAAUCAUCCUCACUCAUUAACAACCGUCAUUUGCCAUUGUUUUGUCCCAUUUCCUAACUCAAAAUUGCCAAAGAGGCUAACUCAAGAUCCAUUCCACUCAUGCCAUCACAUCCUGUAACGUGAGCUUUGUGUGUUUUUGAGACUUUUUCUGAAAUGCUUUCACAUUUUAUAAUAUUUCCAAUUUAAUUAGCAGUCCUGUCUGGGCUCUGAAACUUGAUUGGGAUUUUAGAGCAUUCCAUUUCUGAAUUCCAAUAUAUUUUUCCUUGUGUAGCUGACUCCACCUUUCAAGUUUCCGGACACCAAGGUGUGAAUUGAAGGGGACUCAGGUGAAACUUUAUGUGUGAGUCCAAAUGAGGAAGAAAUUGAGUGAGUAUGCGAGAGAGAAAGAGAAAUAUAAAAUUAGCACUUAACUGCCGUACCAAACGGACUGUCCAAAGUCACUCCUACUGCAAAAAUAAACUUGAAUACGGACAUUACACAACUGAUAAACUGAUUUGCCGGUGAUGUGGAAAUGGACGUAAAUAUUAAAAUAUGAAUCAGCAUGAUAUUCAAUUUGACUGAAUCUCACAAAGCAAUGUCACAUUUUAUCCCAAAAUUAAAAGAAAAAUUUUGCAUAAAGCAAAUGAAGCCUAUUUUCGGGACUAUUAAGAUUGUUUGCAUUGUGACAUUAUCUAGACUCAUUUUUGCUGGUAUUAAAAUCAGCGUAAAUUAAAUGCAGUACAACAAAGAUGCAUACUUACUAUUGUACUUAACAAAUGUAUUCUAUUUUAUCAAUUUGCUUCAUUGUCAUGACAAAUAUGUCAAUUCAUGGUCCUGAAAAUAGAAUUAGCUUCUUAUUUGUUUUGAUUUUGGGGUUAAAGGUGAACAUUUCUCAAGUUUUUCCAUGAGAUUCACUCAUUUGUAUCUUUAAAAAGCAAGGUGAUCUUUGUGGAAUCUCUGAAAAACUGGACUUCUCUUUCCUGAGCACUGUGUGAACAUUGUACAUUUUAGUGUUCAAUGUUUCCUCUUAAACUGUGGUUAAUUUUCAUACGGAGAAGGACUUUGUGAGCUACGUUAGCAGAAUAUACCUAAAAAAAUAAUGCAAAACAUAAGUUUUGAUCUUUUUGGACUGUGUACAUUGCUUGUUGAAGACUUGUGGCAUUUAAAAUGUUACAAGAUGGGAAUGUUACAGUUGAGAAAAAGUACUUUCAUGUAAAUCAGCAAAAAUAUUUUUACCUCUAUGUAAAGAAUCCAGCUAAAUUGAAAUCAAAUCAGUGGUUGAUGCAAUGAUCUUACUGUGAAAUAGCAAGGAUGUAGCAUAUUUAGGCUAUUGAUUUGCCAUAUGAAAACAAAGAGCUGAAUUAAAUGUCACUUUAUGGCCACCUAUCACGAAGCCUAGCUAUCUAGCAUCACAAUGAGUGUUUUAUUUUUUUAUAGUUAGCAGGUUGUUUGACUUAAUGGAAAAGAAAAUGGGUACAUGUGCUGCAGUAGAGCAGAAUGAUUUACAGAAAAUGAGGAAAAAAGGAGAAAAAAUGCAAACCCCUCAGGCAACACUUGUCCCUCACUUCCUCUUUGAAUUCACUUGAAUUUCUUUUGAGCGUCACAUAAUUUGAGCAAAUAUUGACAAAACAAUUUAACACCAAUUAUAUUAGUAUCCUCUUUUUUCCUGGUUGGGAAGAGUAUGAGGAUGUCAGAAACAUACCAGGAUCAGGGCUGAAUGCUUGCACUUGACAACACAAGAUAAAAUACCACUGUUGGCCUAUGUAGAAGGUAAAGUAACUACGAUUAAAAGAUGUCUAUUCAAUGUACUUUUUGUCCUGAAUGUUCAUACUAUUCUGUAUGUUCAUUCCAUUUACUUAAGGAACAAUCAUUAUACUAUCUCAAUGCCAUUGAACUAAUAAAUUCAAUAGAC